AUAGUAUGACUCGCUUAGACGAGGUUCAAGCCGCCGGCGAAGCGGCUUGCUUACGCCAAGAAUCCAACUAUACCCUACCUCCAGACUUGGAUGGAUGGUUCUUCUGCGACAAAUCGGAAGAGGAUAGCGUCAAUUACAUGCGUAUUGGUUUGCGAUUUAGCGAAGUGCAAGUGUUCGCUGGAGUGAUGUUCAUUUGUCUGAUGGCUACUGCAGUUGUUGGAAAUGCUGUCGUAAUGUGGAUCAUCUACAGACACAAGGUUAUGCACCAUGGCUUCAACUACUUUCUCUUCAAUAUGGCAUUCGCUGAUUUGCUCAUUGCCGUUUUCAAUGUAGGGACAACAUGGACCUUCAAUCUUUAUCAUGAUUGGUGGUGAGU